AUGGCAGUCAUCUUAAUCAGCAGGCUAUUCGUGUUGCUCACAUGCGCUCUCUACGUCCUCGGUGGAAGAAACUUUUACAAAAUCCUGGACUUGGACCGUUCCGCUUCGGAUGCUGAUAUCAAGAAGGCAUACAAGCGCCUCAGCAGAAAGUUUCAUCCAGAUAGGAACAAGGACGAAGGAGCAGAGGCAAAGUUUGUCGAGAUUACUCAGGCAUACGAGGCACUCUCAGAUCCUGAGAAACGGCAAAUAUAUGACCGCCACGGUGAAGAAGGCCUACAAGCACACGAAGGCGGCCAACACUCGAACCCCUUCGACGUCUUUUCCAACUUUUUCGGCGGCGGACAUCCACACCACGAAUCCGUCCGUCGUGGACCAACGAUGAUGUCCGAAUUUGAAGUCAACCUCGCCGACGUGUACACGGGCAACAGCGUCGAAUUCAUGAUCAAGAAGAAGAUUCUCUGUGACCACUGCCGUGGAACGGGCGCCAAUUCCGACGGAGAUAUCAAGACGUGUCCGACCUGCAAUGGCUCUGGUGUCAAGACGGGUCGUCAGCAGAUUUUCCCCGGCAUGUACGCGACAACGCAGACGACGUGUCCACAGUGUAGUGGUAAAGGCAAAGUCAUUGCACGUCCGUGCAAGCAUUGUAAUGGGGAAAAGGUUAUUGAUCAUACGGGUCAUUAUACGCUCGAGGUUGAAAAGGGCAUGCCAGAGGGGCAUGAAGUCGUCUUUGAGGGCGAGGGGGAUCAAUCGGCCGAGUGGGAAGCUGGAGAUGUUGUCUUGCGUAUCCGAACACAGAAGGUGGCUGGUGGAUGGCGAAGAAAGGAGUCGUCACUCUACUGGAAGGAGACCAUUUCUGUUGCCGAGGCCCUACUUGGCUUUGAGAGAAAUAUUACCCACUUGGAUGGCCAUCAGGUCACAAUUUCCAGACCAGGACCUACAGGAUACACUAUGGUUGUCAAGGAUGAGGGUAUGCCCAUCUACGAGGGCCACGGGCACGGUGAUCUCUAUGUCGAAUUCAACGUGGUUCUACCUACCGUAUUAUCAGAAGAUACGCGAAAGAAGCUUCAGGAGGCAUUCAAGACUGGCAAAGGGCGAGGCAAGGACGAGCUAUGA